CGGGGCGGCGCAGGCGCAGUGCGGCGGCCGAGGCAGUGUGUAUGUGAGGCUCUGACGGGUUCAAAAUGGCGGCGGCGGCUCCUGUGAGAGGACAAAGGCGCAGGAGGGACCUGGAGGAAGAGGACGACGACAGCAGCCCUGGAGUGUCCUUCUCACUUUCUUCGGAAGAGUCAGAGAUGGAGCCCGAGGAAGAAAGGAUCCGUUACAGCCAAAGAUUACGUGGCACAAUGCGGCGGCGUUACGAGGACGACGGCAUCUCUGAUGACGAAAUUGAAGGGAAGAGGACAUUUGACCUUGAGGAAAAGCUCUCCACCAACAAGUUUAAUUCUACUUUCGUCAUCUUCAUGGAAGGCAAAGACUUCACAGUUGAAUACAUCCAGCGAGGUGGCCUGAGAGACCCCCUCAUCUUCAGGAGCUCUGAUGGCCUGGGUAUAAAGAUGCCAGAUCCGGACUUCAGCGUGAACGAUGUGCGGCUGUGUGUUGGGAGCCGGCGGAUGGUGGAUGUAAUGGAUGUAAACACACAGAGGGACAUAGAGAUGUCCAUGGCACAGUGGGCACGCUACUAUGAAACACCUGAAGCUGAACGGGAGAAACUUUACAAUGUCAUCAGCCUGGAGUUCAGCCACACCAAACUGGAGAACCUGGUGCAGAGACCUGCUACGGUGGAUUUGAUUGACUGGGUUGAUAACAUGUGGCCCAGGCACCUGAAGGAGAGUCAGACAGAGUCCACAAAUGCUAUUCUAGAGAUGCAGUAUCCAAAAGUGCAGAAGUACUGUCUGAUGAGUGUCAAGGGCUGCUACACUGAUUUCCAUGUGGACUUUGGUGGUACUUCUGUGUGGUAUCACAUCCACAGAGGAGGCAAGAUCUUCUGGUUGAUCCCUCCUACACCCCAGAACCUGGAGCUCUAUGAAAACUGGCUUCUCUCAGGGAAGCAGGGAGACAUAUUUCUUGGGGAUAGAGUGUCAGAGUGCCAGCGCAUCGAGCUGAAGCAGGGCUAUACAUUUGUCAUCCCCUCAGGUUGGAUCCAUGCUGUGUACACUCCCAUGGACACACUGGUUUUUGGAGGCAACUUCUUGCACAGCUUCAACAUCCCUAUGCAGCUCCGGAUCUACAGCAUUGAAGACCGCACGCGGGUCCCAAACAAGUUUCGCUAUCCCUUCUAUUAUGAGAUGUGUUGGUACGUGCUGGAGCGCUAUGUCUACUGCAUCACCAGCCGCUCACAUCUCACCAAGGACUUCCAGAAGGAAUCACUCAGCAUGGAUAUGGAGCUGAGCUCCUCAGACUCGGUAAACAUGGAGGAAGAGGAGGAGGAAGAGGAGGAUGCAGCAGGAAAGGAACCAAGGAGACCGAUCACGAGACGGUCUGUUCUUACCAGCCCUGUAGCCAAUGGUGCCAACGUGGACUAUGACGAACUGGGCAGGAGCUGCCGAAGCAGCCUGCCGGCUCUGAAGAAGAGCCCAUCUGUAGACUCCUCUGACUCUAGCCGGGGCUCCCAGAAUGGCCAGGCCUGGGAGCUACAUGGUGGCAGUCCACGCAAGAGCAGGAGGGUGCACCUGACACAGUUUGAGCUGGAGGGGCUGCGCUGCCUGGUAGACAAGCUAGAGUCACUCCCUCUGCACAAGAAGUGCGUUCCCACCGGCAUCGAGGACGAGGACGCUCUCAUCGCCGAUGUCAAGCUGCUGCUAGAAGAAUACGCAAACAGUGACCCCAAACUGGCACUUACAGGCAUCCCCAUUGUCCAGUGGCCCAAAAGAGACAAGCUAAAGCUGCAGGCCCGGCUGAGAGUGCGCCUGCCCACCAUACCCAUUACCAAGCCUCACACGAUGAAGCCAACCCCUCGCCCAACGCCCAUCAGGCCCACGAUGUCCCCCAUUGUGUCAGGUGCCCGGCGGAGGCGCGUGCGCUGCCGGAAAUGCAAGGCCUGCAUGCAGGGCGAGUGUGGCAUGUGCCACUACUGCAGGGACAUGAAGAAGUUUGGUGGACCUGGUCGUAUGAAGCAGUCCUGCGUCCUUCGGCAGUGCUUAGCGCCCAGGCUGCCUCACUCGGUCACGUGUGCGCUUUGUGGGGAGGUGGAUCAGAAUGAGGACUCGCAGGACUUUGAGAAGAAGCUCAUGGAGUGCUGCAUCUGCAAUGAGAUUGUUCACCCUGGCUGCCUGCAGAUGGAUGGGGAAGGGCUGCUCAAUGAUGAGCUCCCCAACUGCUGGGAAUGUCCCAAAUGCUACCAGGGUGACGACACAGAGAAAGGCCAGGGAGCCCACUGGCAUGCCAGAGCCAGGCCCCUGCAGAAACGGCGAGCGCUACCAGGUCCUUCCGGCAGGCAGCGAGCAGAGCGCACAUGGCAAUGUUCAGCCCGCUGGCAGCUGCUGACACUACCCAGUAUGCUGCCCUAUCGCUACAAUGCUGCCUGUAGGAUUGUGCCCACUACUGUGGAUGGAAGCAGGGCAGCCAAGAAGCGCAAGGUAGAAGAGAGCGAUGAUGACAUGGCACAAGCCAAGGUGCUGCGGCCCUUGCGGAGCUGUGAGGAGCCCCUGACCCCGCCACCCAACUCGCCCACCCCCAUGCUACAGCUGAUCCACGACCCGGUGUCACCGCGAGGUGUGGUAACGCGCUCGUCCCCAGGCGCUGGUCCCAGCGAGCACCACAGCGCCAGCAGGGACGAGCGGUUCAAGCGGCGCCAGCUUCUGCGGCUCCAGGCCACUGAGCGAACCAUUGUGCGGGAGAAGGAGAACAACCCCAGUGGCAAGAAGGAGCUGUCAGAAGUGGAGAAGGCUAAGCUGCAUGGCUCCUACCUCACCGUGACGCUCCAGCGCCCCACCAAAGAUGUUCAUGGCACUUCCAUUGUCCCCAAGCUGCAAGCCAUCACCGCCUCCUCUGCCAACUUGCAGCACUCUCCCCGUGUGGUGAUGCGCCACACACCUGCCCGGAUGUACCCCCGGGGUGGGGGGGAGGACGAGGCGGCUGCUGAGGAGGACGAGGAGGAGGAGGAUGAAGAUGAUGAGAACAUGGAGGAGGGAGGGGCUGCCCGCCUCAACGGCAGAGGGGGCCGGGUGCAGGAGGGUGAGGAGAGCUGGAUGCAGCGCGAGGUGUGGAUGUCUGUCUUCCGCUACCUCACCCGCAGGGAGCUCUGCGAGUGCAUGCGGGUGUGCAAGACCUGGUACAAGUGGUGCUGUGACAAGAGACUGUGGACAAAGAUAGAUUUGAGCAGGUGCAAGUCCAUCACCCCCCAGGCACUGAGUGGUAUCAUCAAAAGACAGCCUGUCAGCCUUGACCUCAGCUGGACCAACAUCUCCAAAAAGCAGCUCACGUGGCUUGUCAACAGACUGCCAGGCCUGAAAGACCUCAUCUUAGCAGGCUGUUCCUGGUCUGCAGUCUGCGCUCUCAGUACCUCCAGCUGCCCCCUUCUCAGGACCCUUGAUCUUCGGUGGGCAGUAGGAAUCAAGGACCCUCAGAUCCGGGACUUGCUCACACCUCCAACAGAUAAACCCAGUCAGGACAAUCGCAGCAAACUCCGCAACAUGAUUGAUUUCCGGCUUGCUGGCCUGGACAUCACUGACGCCACGCUGCGGCUGAUCAUCCGCCACAUGCCCCUGCUCUCCCGCCUUGACCUCAGCCACUGCAACCACCUUACAGACCAGUCUGCCAACCUCCUCACGGCUGUGGGCUCUUCCACACGCAACUCCCUCACUGAGCUCAACAUGGCAGGCUGCAAUAAGCUGACAGACCAGGCCUUGCUGUACCUGCGCCGCAUCUCCAACGUCACUCUCAUUGACCUGCGAGGUUGCAAGCAGAUCACUCGCAAAGCCUGUGAGCACUUCAUCUCAGAUCUGUCCAUCAACAGCCUGUAUUGCCUGUCCGAUGAGAAGCUGAUCCAAAAGAUCAGCUAGAGACCCUCCCCCGGGCAGGCUGAGGAGAAGGAAAAAAAGCCCACCCCUCUCAGAGAGCCACUCCUCCGCCUUCCCACCUUGCCCUCCAUGUCCUGCCCCUGCCUCCUCGUGGGCAGGGCCGGUACUGGCCUUGCUCAGCUGUCUUUUCUCCUCCUACCGCUGGGACUUGUGCCGAUGUGGGCAUUCCCCCGGCUGGCCAGUACGAGAGGAGGACCGUGCCCGCAGCAGGGAGCUCCCAAGGCGGAGGUUGUCGCAGACAUCCCUGGGUGGAGAAAUGGGGCGCACCCUCUUCCCCCCGCUUUUCCCCAGCUCCUUGCCUUGAAACACUUGUCACUUCCCCAUUAGCACAAAGCUUGAGGCCUCUCCAAGGAGGAGGGAGCAGAGCUGGGACGGACCCUCUCUCUCGGUGCCACCACCAGCUUGAGCCCUGCUCUGAGCCCCCUCACCUGGCCCUCGGAUCCCGUUCUUCCCCUGCGGUGAGGGUGAGGGCAGGAGCCCUACAGCCUGGGCGUGGUGGCAAGGCUGGGGAUGGAGCUUCCACCCUGGGGCUUCCUCAGAGCCCUGUGCAAGGCUAGGCUAGGGGAGCAGCCCCCAGAGCUCAGGGAGGACUCGAAUAAUCAGUCAAGGGUGAGUGAGUACAGGGGGAGCAGGAACUGCUGCUUCUCCCUCCCCAGCUGCCUGCCAAGGCCCAGCACUGCCAAGUGCUGAGAUUUGUGUGGCAGGACUGUCCUGCUGCCUUGUCCUCUCCUCUCCCCCCGCCCCAUUUUAGCUGCCGUUUUUUCCUUUGCAAUGAGCGGUUGGUCCAAAGAACCUCUCUCUAGGGCAGCAGAGAGCUUUUUGCACUUUAAGAAAAAA